ACGUAAAUGCUACUCAGGUACAAAAUAAAAAAAAAAGAUUCUUAUUAAAAACAAAACAAAAAGUGACAUUCUUAUAAAAAACAUUAAGUCUCAACAAUCUUGACAAAUAAAGAUUUCUUUGUGAGCUUUAGUCAAACCGACACAUUUUUCGUGGACAUAUCUGUUACAUCGAGAACACAACCUCAUAUCGAUUUGCCUGUCUGUUUCGCAUAGGAAACAGAACCAAGACUCAACCGCAUGCGACGAUUUUUUUGGAGCAGAUUUUGCUUGUGCGAUUUUUUCUGGAGCAGAUUUUGGAUGUGUGACAUUUUUCUCAGCAGAUUUCGAUUGUAAGACUUUUGGCUGGGAAGAGAAUAAAUUUCUCGUUACUUCUUGGGCCCUUGAAUUAAUAGCAGGCUUUCUUUGUGACGGUGUAACUUUUAUUUCAGGAGUAACCAAAAAACCCAUGUCUUUGAAUGACAUAUCCAAAUCAUCAUAAGGUACUUCUUCCUCCGUAAUGUCCCCUGUAGAAGCAGAAAUGAAUUUGAUUAGUGGUUCGUUGUCACUUUCUGUGUAGGAGUCAUCAUGAAGGGAAGCUUCUGAUUCUGAUGAUGAAUCACUUUCCAGGUGAGCCCUAGCCGGGUUCAUUUGCUGUGCCUUACGUUUAACAACUUCAGAAUGUCUCUUGAAAAAUAACUUGAGCCAUUUUCUGCCUGCUAGUUGUGAUGUCUGUGAAAAUGGAUUAGGAAUAUUACGCGCCGUGACGUAAGAAAAUACACUUCUUCUCACUAUGUUAGGCGUUGAUGGCAGCCCAAUUUCUACCAGCCGAUGAACUCUAUUUACUAAAUCAUUCUCUUGCUCUUCUGUUAAAAUACUACGCCUGCCAAGACGUUUCCUUGCCUGCCAGCAUAAAAAACUGUAUAACAUACUAAAAUUUCAAGGAAAUCGGGAGUAUACAACCUAAAAUAAAUAAUAAGCACUUAUUAUUUUUAUAAAUACUAUAAUAAAAUGACACUGUCUAAUGGAUACAUUUUUAGUCUGGUUGUUAUUAACGACCUCUACGACACUAAUGGCUUAAUUGAAUUGAAAAAAAAACGUGAUCAUAAUAAAACGUCACAAUGUCAAAACGUACCACUUCAAUCUGUCUCGGAUUAACGUCAUUUUUCAAAUCAAAAUAAUAACGUCGUUCUAUCUGAAAUAUAUUUUAUCCUGUCUGAAAUUCAUCUAAUACCCACCUAUGGUACUAAAAAUUACUUUACCGCACUAAUAACCUUAUCGUUUAACCUUGAAGACAGCCAUAAUGAACUGUUAUAUGCUAUCCCCAAUGUGAAUGUUUCAAUAUCGCGGAGAGUUGUCAUUCUGUGUCAGUGAUUUUACAAUAAAAUGGAGAUUAAUUUUGAAGGAAAAACCGCUUUAGUUACUGGUGCGAGUCAAGGAAUCGGUAGAGAUAUUGUUAAACAACUUGUCAAGUGUCGUGCUAAUGUUAUAGCAGUAGCAAGAAACGAAGACCUUCUAUUAUCUCUAAAAAAAGAGCUACCGUCUAUUAAAACGAUCACAAUAGAUCUAUCAGAUUGGCAACUAACCGAGAAAACGUUAAGUAACGUUGGACCGAUAGAUCUUCUCGUAAACAACGCCGGCUUAGCGAUUUUGGGUCCAUUAACGGAAGUCCAAGAAGAAGAUGUUGAUAAAUUAUUUGCUAUUAACGUGAAAGCGUUGAUAAAUGUAACGAAAAUUGUAGUCCAAAAUCUAGUAUGUCGUAACGUACCCGGUGCUAUUGUUAACAUUUCUUCUCAAGCUUCAUUAGCCGGUUUAAACAACCACGCUGUUUAUUGUGCUACUAAAGGAGCAGUCGAUGCUUUUACAAGAGCUGCCGCUUUAGAAUAUGGACCGAAAAAAAUCAGAGUUAAUGCUGUUAAUCCAACAGUCAUUAUGACAGACAUGGGUAAACUUGGUUGGUCUGAUCCGGCUGUAGCAGAGCCUAUGCUACAGAAAAUCCCAUUGAGACGAUUCGGAGAAGUACAUGAGGUAGUUGAUGCUGUUACUUAUUUGUUGAGUGAUAAAGCUAGUAUGAUUACUGGGAGUUGUUUACCUAUCGAUGGAGGUUAUUUAGCUACAUAAAUCUAUUGAAGUUUUAAAUGUGUUGUGUAUUAUUUCGAUACCAAUUUACAAAAACAAGUAUUGAAUAAAAGUUUUUAUGUA